AUGGUAUUACGAUAUCAAGAUAUUUAUGGUCCAGUUGAAGGAUCAUUUGAUGAGUUGUUAAAUUAUGAAAGAAAUAAAAGUAACAGACAACUCGAGGACAAGCGAAUAAAUCAAAAUCGCGUUAGGCAGGUUCAGGGAACAUCGAGUUUCCAGAGGAAUUCGUCAGAAGAAUCAGCAGCAAGUAAUGGUAAAGUAAGUAAUAGUAAUAUUUUAUUUAAAAUACGUGAUGAAUCAUCAGCAUUGCAAAAUGUUGAUGAAGCGAAAAAUGUUGCUUUUGAAAAUGAAAGUAAUAAUGGUGAAAUUACAAUAUCAUUGAAUACUCCAACUAUUGAUUAUUCAAUAGAAAAUCAGUGUUAUUGUAUAAACCUUUGUACAUGCGACGAAAAACAUAAUUUAAAUAGUUACAAAGCAUCUCUAAAACAUGAAAGUGUCAAUAUUAAAUCAAUGUCGAGCAUUGAGAAUAAUAUCAAUAUUUCAAUGGGAAUCAAAUGUUUUUGUAUAAACGUUUGCAGAUGUGAUGAAAAACAAAAUUCAAAUUUUUAUGAAGCAUCACUAAAAGAUGAAAGUAAUAAUACCGUCAAUAUAAAAUCGAUGUUAAGCAUUGAAAGCGACAUUAUACACAUGAAACCGAGUGAUAUAGUCGAAAAUAAUAACGUCGAAAUAUGUAUACAUAAAUCUUCAAAUUUGGAGCAAUCAGUAAUUUUUGAUUCAUCUUCCAAUAAUAACUCGAAUAAAAUAUCAAACAGUAAUCAUUCUAAUCAAUGUACAAAGACCAUUGAUGACUGUGUAAACGUAUUAUCAAAUGAUACAUGUAGUGACUUGAAUACAUCUCGUGAUGUUUUUGAUAACGAAAGUAGUUUUGAUUCAUUAGUUUCACCAUUACCGUAUGAUUUUGACGAUUACGAUAACACGAGAAAAGUAAAAGAAAGCUUUAAUUUAUCAGAAAAGUCGGUAUCAGACGAUAUUAAUUUUUGUACUGUUGAUAAAUUCGAUAAUGAUGUGAAUACUGUAAAAGAAUGCAAGAAUGUAUUGAUAGAAGAUAGAAAACUAAUUCACAUCAACUAUUUUAUGACUGAGUUGCACCAAAAAUUUGAUAAUCAUGAUAAUGAGUGCCCAUGCGCACUUAAAGAUAUGCGAGUAUAUAAAUAUCAUGACAAAGGCUUACGAUCAAGACUUUAUAUACAGUGCAACCAUUGCGGAUAUACAGAUAAUGCUUGGACUGACUCGCUUGAUGAUACAAAAAUUCCACUCGAUGAAAGUGCUGUUUUAGCAACUGUAACAUCAGGGAUCGGUUAUAAUACACUGCAAAAAUUUUUAUCAGGCAUAGGUGUAUGA